ACUCCCACUCACAGGCUAACCACCACACACACUCUCUCUCUCUCCUCUGGUUUCUCUCGCGUCGCCUCCUGGUUUUUUCUCCUCCUCAUCCGCUUCGCCUCCGGCUCCGUCUCCGGUCCCCUCCGAUUUGGUGGCGGCCGCUUCGCCUUCACGAAAAAAAAGCCGGGAGAGGGUGGUUGCUCGCGGCGGAGAUGGCGUCGGAGGCGGAGGCGGAGGUGGCGGCGGGGCCGGAGGUGGUGCUGCCGAUCGGCGCGCAGAAGCACGACCCGGCGUGGAAGCACUGCCAGAUGGUGAGGUCGGCGGGGCGCGUGAGGCUCAAGUGCGUCUACUGCCACAAGCACUUCCUCGGCGGCGGCAUCCACCGCUUCAAGGAGCACCUCGCGAACCGCCCCGGCAACGCGUGCUGCUGCCCCAAGGUGCCCCGCGAGGUGCAGGAGACGAUGCUCCACAGCCUCGACGCCGUCGCGGCGAAGAAGAAACGGAAGCAAUCGCUGGCCGAGGGCAUCAGGCGAAUCACCCACUCGGCUCCCGCCGCCGCCGCCUCCGCCUCUCCGCCGGCUCCGGCCGAUGCCGCCGAGAUGGAGAGCCCCAUCCACAUGAUCCCGCUCAACGAGGUGCUCGACUUGGGCUCCGUUCCACUCGAGGAGACACCACCGGAGACCAGGGAGAUGAAGGGGAGUAUUAGCAAGAAGAGAAAGAAAUUGGCUGCGAGGCAAGCCUCCACGGCGCCCCUUGCUCAUCAGAAUCAGCAGCCUCUUCAGUCUACUCCUGCUGGUCUGACCCAGCCUUUUCAUCAGAUGGUCGUGGCGUUUGAUUCGGCUGCAUCGCAACUGAUGCAUUUUGACCAGCCCGGCUCGAACAAGGAGCAGGUUUAUAUGGCAAUUGGGAGGUUCUUGUAUGACGCUGGUGUGUCACUGGAGGCAGUAAAUUCCGUUUACUUUCAGCCUAUGCUUGAAGCUGUUGCCUCAGCAGGAGGGAAGCCUGAGGCGUUCUCGUAUCACGACUUCCGUGGUUCCAUAUUGAAGAAGUCGCUGGAUGAAGUGACUGCUCAGUUGGAGUUCUACAAGGGAUCAUGGACCCGGACAGGGUGCACAUUGUUGGCCGAUGAGUGGACUACUGACAGAGGCAGAACAUUAAUAAACUUCUCUGUGUAUUGCCCGGAAGGUACUAUGUUUCUGAAGUCAGUCGAUGCAACUGACAUUGUCGUGUCGUCAGAUCCGCUGUAUGAGUUGCUGAAGAAUGUGGUUGAGGAAGUUGGUGAGAAAAAUGUUGUCCAAGUAAUCACAAACAAUUCUGAGAUUCAUGCGGUGGCAGGAAAGAGGCUAUGCGAAACUUUUCCUACAUUGUUCUGGUCUCAAUGCUCUUUCCAGUGCAUCGAUGGGAUGCUUGAAGAUUUCAGUAAGGUGGGGGCAAUCAAUGAGAUCAUAUGUAAUGCAAAGGUCAUUACGGGAUUUAUCUAUAACAGCGCAUUUGCAUUUAACUUGAUGAAAAGGCAUCUUCAUGGGAAAGAUCUGCUAGUUCCUGCAGAAACUCGUGCUGCUAUGAACUUUGUCACACUGAAGAACAUGUACAAUCUAAAGGAUUCUUUGGAAGCCAUGAUUAGCUCAGAUGAAUGGAUUCACUACUUGCUGCCAAAGAAACCUGGUGGGGUUGAAGUGACCAAUCUUAUUGGCAAUUUGCAGUUUUGGUCUUCGUGUGCUGCAGUGGUUCGCAUCACCGAACCACUUGUGCAUCUUCUUAAGUUAGUCGGUAGCAAUAAGAGGCCAUCUAUGGGGUAUGUUUACGCUGGAUUGUAUCAGGCCAAAGCAGCAAUCAAGAAAGAGCUGGUGAGGAAGAACGACUACAUGGCUUACUGGGAUAUUAUUGACUGGAGAUGGAACAAGGAUGCACCACGACCACUUCAUUUAGCUGGUUUUUUCCUGAACCCAUUAUUUUUCGAUGGUGUUCGAGGUGGAACAUCAAGUGAGAUAUUCUCAGGUAUGCUAGACUGCGUAGAAAGGUUGGUUUCUGAUGUGAAAAUCCAAGAUAAAAUCCAAAAGGAGCUCAAUGUAUACCGGAGUGAGGCAGCUGGGGAUUUUCGUAGGCAAAUGGCUAUCCGAGCCAGGCACACUUUACCUCCUGCUGAAUGGUGGUAUACGUAUGGAGGAGCUUGCCCAAAUUUGACGCGUUUAGCAGUUCGCAUUCUCAGUCAAACCUGCAGUGCUAAAGGAUGUGACCGGAGACACAUUUCUUUCGAACAAAUUCAUGACCAAAGAAUGAAUCUUUUUGAACGCCAGCGAAUGCAUCAUCUCACAUUUGUUCAGUACAAUCUAAGGCUACAACACAGGCAACAACACAAGACCAAAGCAUUUGAUCCUGUCUCAGUCGACAACAUUGACAUAGUCGACGAUUGGGUUGUGGAUAGAUCUGCACUUAUAUCUGGCCAGGCAGAGCAGUCAAACUGGACGGAGAUUAACCAACCAGUCAACAAUAUCACAUCAAUGGGUCCAAGUGAUGAUGAUGAAUUCGAGUCCUUCAUUGAAGGAGUUGAUGACAAAAUGAUCCAAGGUGCUUCUCGGGGAACUCAGGAGGAUGAUGAAUAACUCUGAGGAAGAGAGCCGUCACCUGUGCUUAUAGGUGGAGUCAUUACGAUUGGGUAGUAGGGAUGCUAGUUUUAGCUUGGAUAGGAUGUAAACUAAUGUUGCAUGGAGCCAUGGACACAAUCUGGCAUUGCUUGUCAGUUGUCAACAUUUUGCAAGUAGUUCUUUUUUCCUCGGCAACCAAUCUAAUGUCCUCUGUUUGGAACACAAGAAAGCCCGUUCAGUUCUCGUAUGAAUCAGAAGAAUCCCUAGAACCAUGGCCUGAACUGUCUCCAUUUGUUGUCAUCUUUUUGUUUGAUACCUUGCUAAUAUUUGUCAUGUUCAUCUUUUGUUGUAAAAGCAGAACAUUAGGACAGCAUUUUUUUAGGUUUUCAUUGUCUUUUUCCCAUGAUGAGAAGCAGGCUGCAAUAUCUUUGGUUCC